UGAGCCAGAAUAGCGAGGCGUGGCUUUACCCGCGAGGUGCAUCUGUUGGGUUGCCGAUCUGAGUAAGGGGCUGAACCGGGAGAGGAACAUGGCGAGCCCCGCAGACAAGUUACAAACCCCCAAAGAGAAUGAAGCGGGACAGACCGUGCCAAGAUGGGGUCCACAACACGCAGGUGCACGGGAACUCGCGAAUUUAUACUCGCCAGGUAAGCGGUGCCAGGAAUGGGUCAGUGUAGUCCUGUGUUUUUCCCUCAUGGCCUUCAACCUCGUCCAUCUCCUCACCAACUUCCACUUCAGCCACUUCUGGUCCAUCCUCAGCCACUUCCAGUGGUCCAUCCCUCUCUAUGGUUUGUUGGCAGGCAUUCUUACUGCAGACUUUGCCUCUGGAUUUGUACACUGGGGAGCAGAUACCUGGGGCUCCGUGGAUCUGCCUAUUUUUGGAAAGGCCUUCAUCCGUCCGUUCAGGGAGCACCACAUUGACCCCACUGCCAUCACUCGCCACGACUUCAUUGAGACCAAUGGGGACAACUGCAUGCUGACCAUCAUACCCUUGGCUAACAUGGCCUACAGCUUCCUCACACUCUCUCCUGCGGAGCAGUACCGUAACUACCCCUGGCACUGCUACGUGUUUGCGUUGGCCAUCUUUGUGACACUGACCAAUCAGAUCCAUAAGUGGUCGCACACGUACUUCGGGCUGCCGCUGUGGGUGCAGAAGCUGCAGGACUGGCACGUGAUCCUGCCCCGCAAACACCACCGAGUACACCAUGUCUCGCCCCACGAGACCUACUUCUGCAUCACCACAGGCUGGCUAAACUACCCAUUGGAGAAGCUGGGUUUCUGGCGGAACCUUGAGGAGCUGAUUCAGGGGGUGACGGGGGAGAAGCCGCGAUCCGACGACCUCAAGUGGGCCCACAAGACCAACUAACCACACAUGCACCACACACACACACCACAUGCACCACACACACACACCACAUGCACCACACACACACCACAUGCACCAAACACACACACCACACACACAGCCCACAUACACACAUCACACAUGCAACCCACACACACAUCCACCACAUACACCCCUCCCCCACACACACACACACACACACACACAGCCCACACCCCCCCCACACACUGCUGCAGCGCCUACCUCAGAGACCUCCACUGCAACCGACCCCCAGC